GAUCUGAUUGGGCGGGUGUCGUCAACAGAAGCCAAUAGGAGAGAAGAGCGCCGCCAGCUGCUAAGAAUGGAGUCGCAACCUCUGGGCUGGGAGUUGGGCGUCGAUGAGACCCUGGUCGCGCCGCUGCUGGAGCUGGGGAUUCCGGAGGCUGAGGCGCGGCGGGCUUUGGCUCUCACUGGUGGUCGAUCCGCUGAAGCGGCCGCGCAGCUUUAUUUCAGUAGCGGCCUCGAUUCCCAGGAAGAAGAUGAUGCCCAAGACGGCUGUUACUUCAAGAUGGUCUUUGUGGUGAACAUGGAGCUGUCCAUGGGAACUGGAAAGGUAGCUGCCCAGGUGGGGCAUGCAGCAGUUGGCCUUUUCCAGCUGAUGCAGGAGAAGCCUACUCACAAGGACAUGAUUAGUCAAUGGGAGGAACAUGGAGCAAAGAAAGUGGUACUUCAGGGAUCCAACACUGACCAGUUGCUAGAGCUGCAUGCCUUGGCUUUGAGCCUGGAAUUGCCAACGUACCUAGUGCAAGAUGCAGGAAGGACUCAGGUUCCGGCUGGGUCCCAUACAGUUCUUGCCAUUAUGGGAGAAGAAGAGAUGGUGAAUCAGGUGACUGGGAAGCUAAAGCUGCUCAACUGAGCAACGCUUCACAGCCUGGGUCUGUCGGCUGUGCCUGGAAUUGGCAGGCUGCCCUUCUGACUGCUCCCCUAGUGGGGAGGGAAAAGGAGGUGGCUGUUGGCAGCAACUGGAGAUCCAGCUGCCCAGCUUGGCAAAUGAAAGGGGGCAGUCCUCCUUUCCUAAUUCCAUGUCCUUGGCAGGAGAGGGGAGGCCUGCAGUUGGAUUAGAGGAUGCUCCUGAGUGUCUCUCUAAGAGAUGGAGUUUGUAUUUGCUGCGUUAUUUACAAGCCACGUAAAAAUGUUGUACAGAUGUUGCCUUGGCUUUCCUUUUGCACUACGAGAGGACUGUGGAGUUGCCAGGAACUCCUUGCAGUGGAAGGCUGUUGAAGGCCCCAAGUAUUCCUAAUGGUUGUCUGUCUUACCCUUGGGCCUUUUUAAGAAAAGGAAGGAAAAAUGCCAUGACUUUUGUAGACUACUUAUUCCAUUGCUUGUUGAUUAGAAAAAAAAUAGAAAACAAUGCCUGUUUCUCCACCCCCCCCCCCCCCAUUCUAUCUUUCCCUUUGCAUCUUGUGCUACCCUUAGUCUCCAGCAGUAAACUCUUUCCCCUCUUUCUGACAUCUUUUGGGUUAUCCUUUUUGAGGGACAUGAAAAAUUAAAAUCUUUGCUCGAGGACAGAAGAGUGUUUGCUCCUAGAAACCCUAUUUCUACCCAGUGGGAGAAGGAUGAACAGUGUGGUGGGGGAAUUGCUGUGCUGGGCAAGGCAAAGAACGAGUUAAGUGAAUUUGGGGGCGAGGCAAGGUUUGGAGCCAUAGAAGGAAAACAUGGCUUUUGUGGCAGGGGACUGCCAGUUGUGCAGUGGAGUUGCUGGUCCUUGUGAAAAGUUCUCUGCCUCACCCUAAUCCUCAUAUUAAAAGACUGGUUGAGUAUA